GGAGGAGGUUGGGCGCGGUCCCGCCGUCGGCUGCCGCCAUCAACGCGAGCAACGUCCACACCGCCGCCAUCAUCACCGCACCACGUGACCCGGCACAUGACCCCCCACGCACGUGACCCGGCUGUCACGUGAGCCACGGAAGAUGGCGGUGUGCGUGGCCGUCAUCGCCAAGGAGAAUUAUCCAUUGUACAUCAAGACAAUCCCGACGGAGAAUGAGCUGAAGUUUCACUACACGGUGCACACUUCUCUGGACGUGGUGGAGGAGAAGAUCUCAGCAGUGGGGAAGGCGCUGGUGGAUCAGAGAGAGCUGUACUUAGGGCUGCUGUACCCCACAGAAGAUUACAAAGUAUAUGGUUAUGUCACCAACACAAAAGUGAAAUUUGUGAUUGUGGUGGAUUCUUCCAACAUCGCGCUGAGGGACAAUGAAAUCCGUAGUAUGUUCAGGAAACUGCACAAUUCCUACACUGAUGUCAUGUGCAACCCAUUCUACAACCCAGGAGAAGUGAUUGAGUCCAAGGUCUUUGACAACAUGGUUUCGGGUAUGAUGAUCCAGGUAUGCUGAGGCUUUCGCUGUGGAGUUCCUGCUCUCUUCUGCCUUUGCUGUUUGCCGAUCUCUCUGUUAAACUUACAGGACUGAUUUAAAUGAGUUACCACCUGUAUUUUAUAGAGGGAAGGUUUCUACAGCUCGAUUAUCAAUCAAUGCCUAAUUCCCUUGAACAUCACAAAGGAUUACACAUGAAUAAGAUCUCUGGGGUAAAUUCAGUAAAUUCAGUAAGACACUUAUUUCUGAACACAAUGCUUUUGUGAAUGAUCGAUGGCAAGUUUCCUGAUAGUGAUGCUGUUGUUCUGCAGCUCUGUCCAUUCUCAGCUGGUAAGCCUGUCACAUCACCAUUGAUAAAACUUGGUCUCAAAA